UUACACUUGGCACAAUGCAGUCAGGCAAGUACUGUUCUGGCAACAGCCAAACCCAGACUCGUACUGCUCUCAAGUCCAGUGGCGGCGUGUUUUACACCACUGCAUCCGAUGCUUUGCACUUAGUGCACUUCGUGGCUGAGUUGCUGUUGUUCCCAGUUGCUUCCACUUUGUUAUAAUACCACUAACAGUUGACUGUGGAAUAUUUAGUAGCCAGGAAAUGUCAUGAAUGGACUUAUUGCACAGGUGGCAACCUAUCGCGGUACCACGCUUGAAUUCACUGAGCUCCUGAGAGCGACCUAUUCUUUCCCAAAUGUUUGUAGAAGCAGUCUGCAUGCCUAG